GUGGGUUAAAUAUUGAUAAUUGAAUGUGUCUUCGUAUUAUUUGUUAUGGAAAAUGGAUAAUUCGUACGAUUUAAUAAAAACUAUCGAAGACGAUCAAGAAGUACCAGAUUAUUCUGAAAACUCUGACGAAGAAGACGAUUUUCAGCCACGAAAACAAAAGAAAAAGGAAAACAAAGAAUUCGAUAAUAAUUUUCAAUUUAUAAAUGAUAUUUCUGAAUACAAUAAAGACACAUGGAAUGAUUUGAGCAAGUAUAUUAAACGAAAAGCAAAGACAAAGCUUGAUGAUAAGAUUAAAAAGAUUAGAAAAGGAUCUGAAAACGAGAUUGGGAUCAACAAUGAUUCUGUCAUAGAUCCCUCUGAACAUAAAAUAGAAGAUGAUGAAAUUUCUUUAUCAGAAGAUGAACUUAAAAAGGAUAUGUUUAAGACAAAAGAAAAGAAGAAUAAAAAGAAAAAGACUGCCAAUGGAAAUGACGAAGAAACAAUUAACUUUGAGGAGUACACUAAUGUAGAACCAUAUGCAACAUUUUAUCAAAUGAAUUUGUCACGUCCGUUACUAAAGGCUAUAACAGCUAUGAAUUUUGUGCAUCCAACGCCUAUUCAAACUGCCACCAUUCCUGUUGCAUUAAUGGGUCGUGAUAUAUGUGGUUGUGCUGCUACAGGUACUGGUAAAACUGCAGCUUACAUGCUUCCAACCCUAGAAAGAUUAUUGUACAGACCAUUAGACGGUCCUGCUAUCUCUCGAGUUCUUGUACUCGUACCGACAAGAGAACUUGGUGUACAAGUGUAUCAAGUUACAAAACAAUUAUCUCAGUUUACAACAAUUGAAGUAGGUUUAUCCGUUGGUGGCUUAGAUGUGAAAGUUCAAGAAUCUGUAUUAAGGAAAAACCCAGAUAUCGUGAUAGCCACACCUGGAAGAUUAAUUGAUCAUUUAAAAAAUACACCCACAUUCUCGUUAGAUAGCAUUGAAGUACUCAUUUUAGAUGAGGCAGACAGGAUGUUAGACGAAUAUUUUGCAGAACAAAUGAAAUAUAUAGUACAACAAUGCUCCAGAAGCAGACAGACAAUUUUAUUCUCUGCUACUAUGACAGAGGAAGUGAAAGAUUUAGUUGCUGUGUCGCUAGAUAAACCUGUAAAAGUAUUUGUAGAUAGUAAUCAAGAUGUUGCCUUUAAUUUACGCCAGGAAUUUAUUCGGAUACGAAAAGAAAGAGAAGGAGAUCGUGAAGCGAUUUUAGCUGCUUUAAUUUGUAGAACUUUUCACGAUCAUGCCAUGGUUUUUGUUCAAACAAAGAAACAAGCUCAUAGACUUCACAUUCUCUUAGGAUUGUUAGGUGUGAAGGUUGGAGAACUUCACGGUAAUCUCACACAACCUCAACGUUUAGAAAACUUAAGAAAAUUUAAAGAUGAAGAGAUCGAUAUCUUAUUAGCAACAGAUGUUGCUGCUAGGGGUUUAGAUAUAAGCGGUGUAAAAACUGUAAUUAAUUUCGUUAUGCCAGUUACUAUGCAACAUUACAUCCAUAGAGUUGGAAGAACAGCUAGAGCCGGUCGUGUCGGAGUAUCGGUAUCAUUGGCUGGCGAACAAGAACGUUCAUUAGUUAAAGAAAUUAUUAAAAAUGCAAAAAAUCCAGUAAAAAAUCGAAUAAUACCGCCCGAUAUAAUCGAAAAAUAUAACAAAAAAUUAGAGUCUCUCCAGCCCGAUGUGGAGAAGAUUUUGGAAGAGGAAAGGAAUGAAAGAGAAAUAGCCAAAAUGGAAAAUCAAGCAAAUCGCGCGGAAAAAUUACUCAUGAAUGAAAAUGGUAAAGACGAGCAAAGGAACUGGUUCCAAACUCAUAAAGAAAGGAAAGAAGAAAAAGAGAAACUAUUGCUGACGGAAAAACCAAAAAAUAAAGGAAAGAGAAGCAAAAGCAAAAGCAAAGAGCCUUCGAAUAUAGUUGAAGAGAAGAAAAAGAAAGUGACCAAAGAAUCAAAGAAAGAAACAGCAGAAGAUAGAGCGAAAGGAGAAUUAGACAAAAUUGCAGCGUUUCAAGCGAGAUUAGCUAAAAAGAAGAAUAAACAAAAGAAAAUUCGAACAGUCAUGGAUGAUGAUAAAUUUUCAGUCAACAGAAAAGCGUCGCUAAAACGACCGAAAUCUUCAUUUGCUGCCGAUUUGACGGAUACAAGUAAAAAAGCUGUAAAGAGAAUGCGUUAUGAAGCAAACGUUAAAAAGAAUCAAAAUAAAAAGAAAGGGGCGCAGAAUUUCAGCAUAGGAAAGAAGGAUAAUAGAAAAGUUUUUAAAAAACGUUGAGAUGAGUUUUUAUAUCUGUACCUACAUCUUAUUAAAUACAU